AUGGAAGUGUUCGUCGAAUGGGCACCGAAUGUUGUUCUUCUAGUUGGUAGUAUGUCUAUUGUAUGCGUUAUAAUUCAUAUAAUUCAAUCGACAAUUCGACCUCCAAAAUGCUGUAAUAACUCUUCUGGAACCCUAAUAAUAGGUCUUCCACAAGUUCAUCCUCAUAAUUCAUUUCAAUAUGUUCGACUUGAAAGCCAGAACAUUGAAGCGGACUCGUGGCACAAAACAGCAUAUCCGGUAUUUGAUGUAUAA